GCGGAGAGGUAGCGAGAAAGCACCUCCCUCUCCUUCCUAUGCCGGCGUGCCGCAGCAGGCGCGAGCGACUCCUCGACGGGUCAGUGGGCGGGAGCAAAGGUUAAAAAGAAGCGCUACGUUGUUCAUCUUCAGAAUUCUUUUUCGGACGCCCGUCUGUUUCUCUUUUGGGAUUCAACAGACAGCCAGCCGGGUUGUUGACAGAGAUCUUGCGCCAACUUCCUCCUUCGACAUCUUGCGGUCGCUUCACCAUGGCAGCGCGCCUGCUCUCAAUCUCCUGAGCAUCCGACACUUCCUUGCAGAGAAGAGUGCCACCCUCCUGGAGCAAAAAAAAAACUUCCUAACUGCCCGGGAUUUUUUUUUUUCUCCUCUGUCCCAAGCUCAGCUGCGCUCCGAUGGCGCCAGCCAACAGCUCCACGCCGCACCUGGUGAAAAACGAGAGCAUCGUGGACAGCACGGCCGGCACCACCGUGGGCGCGCUCAUCCUCGGCCUGGUCUUCCUCUUGGGCUUACCCGGUAAUCUCUUUGUUAUCUGGAGCAUCGUGGCCCGGGCCCGUAAGCAGACCAUCACCACCCUCUUCAUCCUCAACCUCGCCGUCGCCGACGGUUCGCUGAUGGCGCUGACGCCGUUCUUCAUCGCCUACUUGGUGAUGAAGAGGUGGGCGUUUGGGACGGUGAUGUGUAAGGUGCUCUUCUACCUGUGCCUGGCCAACAUGUACGCCUCCAUUCACAUCAUCACCCUCAUGAGCCUCUAUCGACUACUGGCCGUGCUGCGACCCCACCGCGUCAGCUCCCUGGUGGGCCACAAGACUGUGACGUGGACGCUGGCACUCAUGUGGGCCCUGGUGGCCUUUGCUUCUGUGCCCGCCAUAGUCUUCCGAGACGUGAGGACGAGUGCCGACCGCGCCAUUUGCGACUCCUACCAUGACGAAGACAGUCACACGGUCAUCCAGUACUUGCUGGAGCUGGUUUUGGGCUUCCUGAUCCCGUAUAGCAUCGUGGUGGUCAGCUACAUCUGCAUCCUACGCCGCAUCCGACAGACAAAAUUCCGCCGACGCAUCCGGAGCGAGAAACUCAUCCUGGCCAUCGUGGUGACUUUCUGCGUCUUCUGGUUGCCCUACCAUUUGGUCAACAUGGUGCACGUCACGUGGGCGCUCUGUCCCGAUGGUUCUGUCAAAACAAUGUUGGCGAAAAUCUGGCACCGGAGCCGCGCAGUCACGGCCUCGGUGGCCUUCAUCAGCAGCUGCAUCAACCCGGUGCUGUACUUCUUCGCCGGCAAGUCAUACAUUCGCCGUGAGGGUCUGGCUUUCAUGGCCCGCCUGUUCGAGGCGGCCGGUCUGGACUCGGUCAGCAGAAAGAGUCGUCAGAACAGCCAGAACAGCCGCGACAGGGACAAAGAGGUGGAUGGCGUUAUGCUAAAGGUCAAAGUUCACGAGUCCAACUCGAGCGCCACUGUCAAAAUACCGAAGCCCCAGACGUGACGUCGAAGCCUCAGAGGUCACGCCGGCGCCGCCCGGCAUUUUUGAAUCUCUCGUCCGUCCAUUGACACAGCGAGCUGUCCUGAUGAACAAUGAGGACGGCAAAUUGUUAUCGUGCUGGAGGUCCGAAGAAAAGCUCUGUCACUUACUCACUUUUCCUGGCAUGGUCUGUGGUUCUAGUACUGUAUGUACCGUCUUAUGCAAAAAUUGUGUCUGUGUGGCGAAAGAGGUCCAAAUAAACAAAAUGGAAAGUAUUGUUCCAGUUGCACCAUAACACUGUUACAAGAUGACGAGUUUUUUUUGUGUGUGUUUUUUUUUGGGGGGGGGACGUCAUGUAUUGUCGGUAUUGUCGUCAAGAAAGUUCAUCAUGUUUUUCAUGUGCUGUUCAUUCAUGUCCCGCUUGCACAACCGGAUGCCCUCCUGUUGGGUAAACCUGUACAAGCAAAUGACAUCUCAUACUGCACACUUGUAUUUGAACAACAGAACUGCCUCGCAUCAUAGGGAAAGCUUUUUCCAAAUAUGUCGGUAAUCAAAACCUAGGA